AUUGACUAUUUUAGAUGGUGUAACCUUUUUUACUGCACACACACACACACACACACACUAAAGUGUGCUCUCUUUUGUAUUUUUGAUCAAGGUCAUUCUUUUCUCUCUAUAUAUAUAUAAAUAGAGAGAGAUAAUAGAUUAAAACAAAAUCAGUAACUCAUUAAAAUUAGUAUUAUAUAAAUUGAUAAAUUGGGAUUAGUACAUUGAAUGAAUAAGAAUGAUAAGUCAUCAAACUGGACCAAGUAUUACAUUUCCUGAUCGUAUUAGCGCUGAAAAUGAUGCAGAACAAUUACAUAAUGCUUGUAAAGGAUUAUCUACUGAUGAAGAAACCAUUACUAAAAUUUUAGGACACAGAAAUCUACAACAACGUUAUCAAAUAAGAGAAACGUUUCAUAGACGAUAUAAAAAGGAUUUAGUUCAUGUAUUAUGUAGUUCAACAAAAGGUGAUUAUGAAAGUCUUAUCAAAACUUUAUUUCGUGGAAGUAUACAAAUAUUAGCUCAUGAUUUAUAUAAAGGAUUAAAGAAACCAGAUAUUGUUAAUGAGAUCAUUUGUUGUUGUAAUAAUCAUGAAAUUAUUAUGUUGAAACAAGCAUAUCAAGAAGUCCUUCAAGAAGAAGAGCCAAAAAAAGCUUCACAGCGUACACUUGAAAGUGAUAUAAUAAAAGAAACAAAACCUCCAUAUGAACAAUUAUUAGUAGCAUUAUUACAAGCAAGACGUGAUGAAGAUCCACCAGAAUUAGUAGAAGAAGCUAUAAGAACUAGAAGUACAUCAAGAUUAGUUAGUCGAAGUCAAGUUGAUAAAGAUGUUGAAGAUUUAUAUUAUGCUGGAGAAAAACGUGCAGGUAAAGGGGAUUCUGAUACAUUCAUAAAAAUUCUAACAAAACGAAGUAAAUAUCAUGUAAAAGAAAUAUGGGAUCUAUAUUUAGCAAAAUAUCAUAAUACAAUAGUUGAAGUUAUAUCGAAAAAAUUCUCAGAACCAUUUAGAUCAGGGUUAAAUACAAUGAUUAUGGCAUUGGUGGAUUUACGUCUGUUAUUAGUUUGUCAAUUGUAUGAUAGUAUGUAUGGACUUGGAACACGAGAGGAUACAUUGAUACGAAUAACAUGUUUACGAUGCGAGGUUGAUAUGAAUACAUUGAAAUCAAUGUAUCGUGAAUAUUUUGGUAAACCAUUAAUUGAAGCUGUACGAGAAGAUACAUCAGGAGAUUUUCGCAAGUUACUUUUGGCAUUAUUGGGAGAAUAACUCUUUUUGGGGUAUGAAUAUAAAAAAAUGUCUCUGGGUUAUCAUUGGUAAAUGACAAAUUAUUUUCCACUUCAACAAUGAAGCUUCCUUUUUAUUUUAUAUCCUUAUUAUUAUAAUGAAUUACUUGUAACUUACAGCUUGUUGUUAUUUACCUCAAAGUAAAGUCUAUGUAUAUCAUGAAUGUGAGAAGAGAUUUAUUGGUGUUAAGCAAUUAUAAAUGUAUGCACAUAUGCCAAUUAGAG